CAGAAGUCUACAGUCAAACAAAUACAAACCUCGACCAGUGUGUUUUUAAUUGACCGCGGCAGAUUUUGAGAGCAUGCUUGGGUUGUUUUACGAAUACACAGAAUUCUUAUCAUGACCACCGUGGAAAGUCACUCUGACGUCACUCAACCGGUUCCCAGCGAGAAGAGUUCUCUGGGAAUCGUCGAAUUCGGCUUUCACGCAAAAACGUCUUUUGACGCCGACGAUGCCUUACUGCUGACGAGAAGUGAGAAGUUCAGACUGAAACCCCCGCCCCGGGACGACGACAUCUGGAAGCGACCCCCUCCAGACUUCAGAUAUGUGGUGUAUGCGCCCAACCCUCCCACGAGAAACACCCGUGAUUCACAGCAGCCCUGGCUCUACGGCACCUACCCGGGCCAGAGGACGACGUUCAAGAGAGAACCCAAGUCCCUGCUGCCGAUCAUAUUUCGAAGUGCCGAACCAACGACGAAAGAGUUUGUGACGCGAUUCCAUAUUGCCAGACCAUUUACGGCCAAGAAGGAAUUCGUCAGAGACGGAAUGAACGUUCCUGGGGAGUACAUACAACCAAAACAUCAUGACUUUAGAGGGUACCCGCCCAUCCAGUCUUUGGGACUUCCAGAAUUCUUAACGGACUAUGAAAAGGAUCCCUAUAAUAUUAAAUUCCACACGAAGAAUCUUCGGACAAUAUGUGGUGCUGGAUUCGGCUGUACAGAGAGAGAUCUAGUGGAGGGCCGCCAGAUGGGGCGACCGAAGACACCACAGCCGCCCUACGAUGCUGGUUUGAUUUUGUAUCGAGAGCAGUGGCCACAGCCCCAGGCCGCGUUCACGAGAUAUCGUCGGAGAAACCGCCAGCCUUACAGCGCCUUCAUGGAGAGAGUAGAGACAACUCUGAACGCCCAGUGGGCGAAGGAACAGCUCGAGAAGGCUCUCCAAGAAAGAGAACUGAAACAGACAAACGAGUCUUGACCUUAACGGCGUUGCUAAAAAAAAAAAACGAAUCUCAUAUUGUCAAACUUUCGGACACGAUCUGGUCCGAAAGUCACCUAUUUUUCACACAACGUUAGCAAUUGGACUGGUUAUUGAAGUUGGCAUUCGGUUUAAUGUGUAGCGCGACAAAAACCUCAAGUCUAGUAAGUGUUAGCGACAAACGUCUGGCGGAAAACUUGUCCUUGUUACAUAGGUCUGGUCAGGUCUUCGUAUGCGUAGUAAAUAUUACUAGUGGCCAUUUGAUCUCAGUGUCAGUGGCCGGACCUAGACGGUGUAAAUAAGUGAUACAUCGAAGAGUGAAUGAACAUCAUGUACAUAUAUAUAUAUAUAUAUAUAUAUAUAGAGAGAGAGAGAGAGAGAGAGAGAGAGAGAGAGAGAGAGAGAGAGAGAGAGAGAGAGAGAGAGAGAGAGAGAGAGAGAUCCACGUGUUAUGUAUUGACGUAAUCGUAUAUGACUUCACUAGGAAGUCAAAUUAAUUUGUUGUAAGGGGUUUAACAGUUCCUUCUUUCCCUGUCAUUAUAUAUCACCACCACCAGCUAUUCAUCAUUAGGAAACAAGAAAACGAUAAUUCAGGCUCGUAGCCAAUGAGGGGUCGGAGGUCGGUCGACCCGCCCUACCAGUGGCUUUUUUUCAAUAUGCCCAUGAACCCCCCCUGAGCAACUCGGGCACUUAAACGACCUCCCCCCUCAAAAUCCUGGCUACGGGUCUGGAUAUACAGCUAAAACCAUCUUGUAUCCGUUUUCAUUCACGUGAAAUUUAUGUUGAUGCAUGUCAUUUGUGUCUAUUUUGACGUCUGCUUCUUUCAAGCAAGGAAAAAUUAAUUUAAAUCGUACGCUGAUAUACUGGACCAAUUAUAACUGACCCCUCUCCGUGAAACACGUGACCGUUAAGGGUCUACAUCAUACGUGUGUAUUUUUCAUGUUCUGUGCCAAAAACAAUGUCUUCUGUUACGUCCCGGAGCUAAUUUCACAAAAUAUACGCAAUGUUAUGCUUAUGGUUUGUAGUCAUACGUUUGGUGUCUGUUACAUAAUGAAAAUUACUAAAGUAUAGUAGUUGAGUCACGGUGAGGACAACAGAAAGUAAUCGAUGUAUAUCUUAAACUGUAUCAUUUGUACUGUAUGCAGUUAUAACUAUAUCUUAGCAGUCGUAAAUUUACGUUUAUUUGCAAAACUAGGCUUCUAAAUACACAAUUAAAAACAAUUGAUCAGUUCAAAAUAUACAUAAAUGUUUUGUUUUGUUGUUGGCGUGAUCCAUAGUUCGUAAUUGUCUCGGUGAAAUAGUUGUUAAAUACUUAUUAUAAUCAUAACUUUACUUCACGGUGACCAGUCGUACGUUGAUAAGUAUUUUUCGAUAUUUUGUGAAAUUGGCUCCAUAUAGUUGUAUCAUAUAUUUAUUUGCCUAUAUAUAUGAAAAUUACUAAGUGCUGACGAUGUCCAGCAAUAAAAAUCGGUUUAAUAAAAUAUAUUUAGUUAAUAAAUUACAUAUUACCGUCAUUUUAAGAAGAUUCAACGAAGAAAUUUCGACCAGGACUAAAACAUAAUUUACUAUAUGUGACCGGGAAGUACCUACAUUUCACAGGCUAUGUUUGUGCAUGUACAAUUUGGGGGUCAAUUACGUAUAGCAGAAUAUCGGAUUUUUCGACUCCUCUUUCCCUUAUUAUGUGUAAUGUAACGCUAAGACCAAUAUCUUCUAAAAUAUUUACAAAACGUCCCCCCCCCCCCCCCCCCCCCCCCCGCCGUCCAUUUCACCAGUCAGUUAGACGUGAUUUAACCAAUAUUAUUGAGUUUUUAGUUUACAUUUUGGUUUCUUUAGAAAAUUAUUGGUUAUAUUUUGCUACAUAUAUGUUCAGGGACGGCGGAACGGGGUGAGGGUGAGAUGGGGUGUGGGUGGAGGUUCUUUCCCACCCACCCAAUAAUUCUGAAUCAAAAAUAUUAUUAGUAGUAAAUCGUAAGGCAGAGAUGAAUUUUAUUUGUAAAAUGCAGGAAAUUGCAUUUCGAGGACAUCUAGUUUUUAGGAUUUUACGGAGGAGCAUAACCCCGAACCCCCUAGAAACUUUGUUUUACGCCCUCGAUCUGUCAGCCCCCCCCCCCCCCCCCCCAAUGUCUACUUGCUUCCGCCGUGCCUGAGGUUAUUAAUAACAAAAAUACAUUUUGAAAAC